GUCGCGAGAGUCGCGAGUCAUCGGGCUCCGUUCGUCUGUUCGUCUAUCCCGUAGAACCGUAAACGUCGAGCGUGUGCAGCGAAGCGGCCAGCGCAGCAGCACACACAGCUCGGCUACGCGAGUCAACACGAGUCUUCUGUUUUACGUGCGACACUCGCUCCUCUCAGGGCAGGAGAGAUAAAAGCGCUCGCCGGCAAUGGCAUCCUCGGCGACUGGUCGGCGAGAAGCGCGGAUAUAAGAAGAAGAAGCGACGCGAUGCCGAUCGUAGUAGCCGGUUCACGAUGACCUCUAUCGUUUGCUACGGCUCGUACGUGUCCGCGUCCCUCGGCCAGCCGUGAUUCGACGAAACGCGCGCGUCGCGACACGACACGGUGUGUGCAGAUCCGCUGUGACGUUGUGAUCGUGGCGAGCACACAGCUGGAAUCGCGAGGAGGAAUCGCGUCGCGUGAACCACGAGAGGGCUGGGCAUGGCUACCCUGGCGAGCAGCUCGUCGUCGGGCCUCACCAGGCCACCGACCAUGCUCGAGCAGCUUCUCGAAGAGAUCAACUUCCAGAGGACCAAGGAGCUCAGGCAGAUGCUCAAAGACGACUCGGGCUUCGUGAUACUUCAAGGUACAACCUAUUGGACGGACCUGUUUGUCAGGCACUUCCUCUUCCAGGCGGAGCACACGAUCGACGGCGACGAUCUACUUUUCUUCGUGCGCAAGAAACACGUGAAAACGUCGUCGAGGUACUUGCCAAAAUUCGAGACGGAGGUGGACGUGUUCCGGAAGGACAGCAAGAAACUACCGAUCGGCGAUCCCGACAUCGAUUGGGAAGAAACCGUGUACCUGAACCUGGUCGUACAUCAGUUCGACUACACGCUAACAUUAGCGAUCUGCACAAGGACGAGCCCCAAGGAAUUGCAAGUAUUGCGGAGACACUCGCAGAAGGUUUACGCAAGCCCGAGCCGGCGGCGGAUGGACGCCAAGGGUGAUCUCGAAGAGAUGACGUACCCGCACAUAUGCUUCAUGGUGGACAAUUUCGACGAAGUUUUCUGUGAUAUUUUAGUCAGGGAUGGGGAGAUGGUGUGCGUGGAAUUGGUCGCGUCCGACAGGGAGGGCGCCAUUCAAGGCGUCAUUUUCCUCGGGUCUAUCAGAUACGACGCUUUGAAGAAAGUGUACGACGCGAGAUCGAGUCUGAGUACCAAGAUGGCACAACGCAUGACCUUUGGCCUGUUUUCCGGCGCGGCCUCCCAGCGAAUAGAAUUCGUUCGAAUGAAAGGACCUCGCGGCAAAGGACACGCGGAAAUGGCUGUGACGAAGCCGAAGGGCUCAGGCGCGGAGACACCGACCUCGGAGCCUGGCUACUGCGCCACGGAUUCCCUGUGGGACGCCGACUGGGACGACGCCGAAGAGUUAUUCAUGUAUCGUCAUCAACGAAGGCUGUCCGACCCGAGCGCCAAUCUGAACAAUUUCGUCCGCGGUGGCUGGAGAACGAAACCGGACACGGCUGCGACGAAGGCCAGGUCGGAGAACGAGGGUCUGGACUCGAUGGCGAACGGACUGAGCGAAAUCGAAGCCGGGGACGUCCGAGACGCCGACCUACAGGAUAGCAGCUGGGGCGGCCGGGGCUCACCAGGAAAUCACAAGAGUCCUCAAGUCAGGCGGCGAAGAUCCCCUCUUCAUCCCGGCAGGCAGCAAGCACGUCCCAAGCAAAAGCUACGUAACUCGUGGGAACGUACCGAAAAUGAGAACUCGCCGAAUCGCAAGGAGGCCUAUCACGAAACACACGGCCUCCAGAACCACCAGCACAACCAUAUCGAAGUGGGUAGCGAGAUACUCGUGCCGGCGGCGGCUUGCUUGACCGACGACAACGUGAGACAGAAGCUGGACGCCGGCGCGAUUCUGGUGCACGGCAAGGAGGAACUGCCGUUGGGAUACGAGGAGGAGGAGGAGGACAAUAACCGGAAACGAAGGCCGUACAGCACCGGACAGAUCAAUCACGAGCGGAUCAACAAUCUGGAGAACGACGAGGAUCACCGGCGGCUCAGCGAUGACGAAUUGGUCAGGGUACGUCGGACUGAUGGUCGCCGGCGUCUACGCUCGGCUGGCUCCGAUCACGAGGAGUACUACACCGGCCGUAACAAGAACAAAAACGACGAGCAGAUGAAAGAUAAAAACGCGAACGCCCGUAUUACGCGAGGUAACCUGACCACGCACAGACAGAGCGCCACCCUGCCCAGAAGGAGGCGAAGACGAGCGUUGUCCGGCAGCUUCGCGGGCAAUCCACUUCCGCCGCAUCGAGUCACACCAGACGGCACAGCCAUCUACUAUUGGUGCGAGCUCCCGCGCCGCCCCGGCUCACAGGAGCUGGACGACGGCGCUUACAACCCGCUAUGGACGAUGCGAGGAUUCACGCAGACCUUUCACUUCUGGAAGGAGACCAGGCGGGCCCAAUCCGUACCUUUGAACGCGUUUCUUACUUAUAUUACCCUGCCUUGGUGGAGCAUUGCCAAAGAUAUUCUUGAUCAUCGAGAAGGUCCUAUUCUGACAUUCUAGCCGACACGAGGGCGCCCCGUUCUCAUCUCGGGCAAACUUUCUUUCUCCAUUUGGUUUCCCAUGGUUUUGUACGCACUUGGUACGCAUAGAACUGUGGCCCAACAAGAUCGAAGUGUAUAGAUUAAGGAAAUAAACGAGGAUACUGUUUAUAA